UUGUCGUUUAUAUUAGCAAUCUGCUCAGACCGUAAUGUUACUACAGCCGCCUGGACAGAACAUAUAUCGUUUGCUGCCGCUCUCAUUUCAUUUGGCCUUCUUCUCGGAUACGUUUGUUUUCCACAUUUAACGCUAAGGGAUGAACAAACCAGAGAAGGACUUAUUGUUGUGGAACUGAUCUUCUACGGGAUAUACACAUUGUUAUUCUUUAUAGCAAUAUGGUUGAUGGUUCAUUUGUCAGCAAGUUGGAUGACAUAUGGGAGAGGAUCAGCCAUUAUUGACGCUAUUUUAUGUGUUGCGUUAACACUUAUAUUCGGUAUUGAAACGGUGAUGAAGUUUCGUGCAUGGAAAGGAGAAAAUGUUUCACAGUCUACGGUUCUGGAAACUGCAGGCGCCAGCAGCAAGACGCAGUCUCGGCGUGUUUAUGCGAGUGAUCUAGAUCAGCCUCCUCAUAUUUUUAGCGGUGAAAUACGCGAAAUUCGCAGAACGCAGGGACCAGAAGCUCAGUAA